AUGACGGUCGGCGCUGAAGAUGCAGAGGAUGGUUACAUCUUGAAGCUGGAUCGCGGCCUCGGAGUGAGACGUUAUCGUCUUAGCGAUGCCGAAUCGAUGGCUCACCAUGCAAACAACAAGAACGUAGCCAAGUUCAUGAGGGAUCGGUUUCCCAGCCCAUAUACGCUGGAGGCCGGCAAUUUCUGGAUCGAGCUCUGCAACAGCCAGAAGAGCAUGCUCCAAGCUGGCGAAUGGUCUUCUGAGACUGGUGCCAGCGGUCCUCUGACGGCUCUCAACUACGCAAUCACUGUCAAUGAUGAAACUGUUGGUAGUAUCGGCUUGGAGCCUGGUCACGAUGUUUACAUUCGCUCAGCGGAGCUUGGGUACUGGAUCGGCGAAGAGCAUUGGGGAAAGGGUGUAAUGUCUACGAUCGUGCCGGCGUUCGUGCAGUGGACGUGGAAGACCUUCGGGAUCCUGGUGCGUUUGAAUGGAGAAGUCGGCGAGCUCAACAAAGGUUCUGCCGCACUGCUCGGUAAGGCAGGUUUCGUAGUCGAGGGUCGGAGGGAGAAUGCCGUGUUCAAGAAUGGCAAGCUGGAGUCUGUAAUCAUGUUUGGAGCAUUGCGUCCAACGUGA